AACAAUUAGCUCUUACCUCUCUGACAUACCAAAGCCAUCAUUAAAAGAUGAAACACCCUAUAUCUGUGCUAUUGAUAAUUUUAUUGUCAUCGUCACUAUUAAUAGCUGAUGAAUCACAGUUUAUGAAAGACUUAGUUAAAGCAUUUCCGGAUAUGGUUCAGUUUCAAAAAUAUGCAAAUGACUAUUGUAGCUUGACGCCUUAUUUUCGAUGUGAUUACGAGCGUAAUAAAAUCCGAAGCAUACAUUUUUAUCAUGUUGAAUCAUUAUCUGGAAAACUUCCGGAUUCAAUAUCUACUCUAGAUUCAUUAGAAACAUUAACAAUUAUUAGCUGUCCGGUUGAAAUGGAGUUGGAUUUUGUCAAUUCAUUAGAAAAUUUAAAAGAGAUAACAUUAGAAAACGUCAAAAUAAAAGGUCCUGUGCCACGUUUCAAUAAAAACACUAAAUUGAGAUAUCUAAGUAUUUCACAUAAUAACUUAGAAGGCCGUGUACCAACUUUUAGUGAAAACACUGAGCUGGAGUAUAUAGAUGUUUCAAGUAAUAAGUUAGAAGGUUAUAUCCCAACUUUUUUUUAUAAUACUGCCCUAAUAAGCGUAAACUUUUCAAAUAAUUUAUUUGUAGACAAUAUGCCAAAUUUUGAGAGGAAUACGCAACUGGUGAAACUAGAUCUUUCAAAUAAUAGGUUAGAAGGUUAUAUUCCAAGUUUUAAUAAAACCACUCAAUUGAAACACCUAGAUCUUUCAAAUAAUUCAUUUAUAGGCAAUAUACCAACUCUUACUAAUAAUCUUGCCUUAAGAAAUUUAUGUCUUUCAAGUAAUAAUUUCGAAGGUUAUAUGCCACUUUUUGAUAAACAUAUUGAAUUGAUGCAUAUAAACCUUUCAAAUAAUUCAUUUACAGGUAAUAUGCCAAGUCUUAGUGGAAAUGUUAAAUUGAUAAAAAUAGAUUUUUCAAAUAACAAGUUAUAUGGUUUUAUGCCACUUUUUGAUAAACAUAUUGAAUUGAAAUAUUUACAUCUUUCAAAUAAUUCGUUUGUAGGUAAUAUACCAAAUUUUGUUAAAAAUAUUAAAUUAUCAGUAUUAGAUCUUUCAAAUAACUAUUUGGAAGGUCAUACGCCAAGUUUUAGUAGAAAUACUCAAUUGGAACAUCUAGAUCUUUCAGGUAAUUCGUUUAUAGGCAGAGUUCCAAGCCUUAAUAGUAACACUAUUCUAAAAAAUUUAGAUCUGUCAAACAAUAAAUAUUCGGGUCAUAUUCCAAGAUUUGAUAAUAAUGUCAUGUUGUCAGCACUAGAUCUUUCCGAUAAUAAAUUAAUAGGUAAUAUUCCAAGUUUUGAUAAGAACACUGAAUUGAAAUAUAUAUACCUUUCAAAUAAUAAAUUAUCAGGUAAGGUUCCAAGUUUUGGUAAAAAUAUGGAAUUGAUAAAAAUAGAUCUUUCAAAUAACAUUUUAGACGGUGAUAGUCCAAAUUUUGGUAAACAUACUCAAUUGACAUAUCUAAAUCUCCUAAAUAAUUCAAUAGCAGGUGAGGUUCUAAUUUACAACAGGAAUGUCGAACUUAUUAAAUUAAAUAAAUAUUUGGAACCAAUUUUGAAAAAUGUUAACAGCCCUGUAAAGAAGGAAAUACUAAAUAAUGUUCUAGGUUAUUCUUAUAGCAAACUCUUAUCAACACUGUUUCCAGAGGAUGAACUUGUAGAGGGUAAAAAGGAGUCAUUUAUACCACCAUAUAUGAGAAAUAGCUAGUACACAAUUGUCAAAUAUAUAUAAACAUACGAAUCUUUCAAAUUA